CAUUAAUUCUAAAGAUAUGGUCGAGUUCCAAAAGCAAUGCGUGAUAUAUGCGGAAAGUGUCUGGUAUGCGUUUAAUAAAUCUUACAAUGUGUGGACAGCCUUAAACGCAGUUUAUCAGCUAAAAUAUAAGUUGACAGAGCUCCGCCACAGUACGCCACAGAGUUGUUCGCCGAUGAGCAUGUGAAGUUAUUGUAUUUUACAAGCAUUUUAACGAAACCACGUGUAUUUGUUUACAAGUAUGUCUGCUCCGAAAGAAGUUGCAGGUUACAAGCUUGGUAAGCUCAUCAUCGAAGGCAAGACGAAGCAAGUUUUCGACUUGCCAGAUGUGCCCAACCAAUGCAUGCUCAUCAACAAAGACAGGAUCACAGCUGGAGAUGGAGUUAAAGCACAUGACAUGGAGGGAAAAGCCGCCAUCUCUAACCAGACCAACGCUAAAGUCUUCAAUAUCUUAAACAGUGCUGGUAUCAAAACGGCUUUCGUGAAAAUGGUUUCUCCAACUGCUUUCAUAUCCAAGAAAUGCGAGAUGGUCCCAAUUGAGUGGGUAACGAGGCGUCUGGCAACUGGUUCAUUUCUGAAACGCAACCCUGGUGUUCCCGAAGGAUUCCGUUUCACACCCCCAAAACAGGAGACAUUCUUCAAAGACGAUGCAAACCAUGAUCCUCAAUGGUCGGAGGAACAAAUCGUAUCGGCCAAGUUUAAGUUUAACGGACUUGUUAUUGGUCAAGAUGAAGUGGAUUACAUGAGAAAGGUCACCAUUCUCGUAUUCGAAGUGUUGGAGAAGGCAUGGGCUCUUCGCGACUGCGCCCUUAUCGACAUGAAGAUCGAAUUCGGUGUUGACCAAGAAGGAAACAUCUUGCUGGCUGAUGUUAUCGACUCUGAUUCAUGGAGACUGUGGCCUUCUGGCGACAAACGGCUAAUGGUCGAUAAACAGGUGUACAGAAAUCUAACGACUGUGACUGCAGCUGACCUUGACACAGUCAAGCGUAACUUUGCAUGGGUGAAGGACCAGCUUGAUCACCUGCUCCCCACAGUACACCACAAGGUCGUCGUCUUCAUGGGCUCACCGGCCGAUACCGAGCACUGUCAGAAAAUCGCAAAAGCUGCACGUGAACUUGGUUUAGACGUAGACCUGCGAAUCACGUCAGCGCAUAAGGCGACAGAGGAGACAUUACGCAUUAUGAAGCAGUACGAAGACACAAACAAUGCGCUGGUAUUUAUCGCUGUGGCCGGAAGAUCUAAUGGACUCGGUCCCGUGCUCUCCGGAAACACUUCGUAUCCGGUUAUUAACUGCCCUCCGCCAUCUGACAAACUAGUACAGGAUAUUUGGUCGUCACUUUCCGUUCCAUCUGGUUUGGGUUGCGCGACCGUGAUCUAUCCAGACAGCGCAGCGCUUAUGGCAGCUCAGAUUAUCGGCUUAAAAGACUACAUCAUAUGGGCACGCAUCAGGUCCAAGCAGCUUGAGAUGGCCGCUGCGCUCCGAAAGGCAGACAACAAAUUGCAAAACUUAACUGUUUAAACUUGUAUACGGAUAUAUACUUUUAUGGCAUUUAUUUUAUUGUCUUUAUGCGUUAUACCUAUUCGUAAGAAUAAAAAAGGGGAUGUGAAUAGGCGUUUAAUAAAACUUAUAUUAUUUUAAACAAUC